UAGAAAAUUUAGAAAACUGGAACGUCGAUUUCCUGUAUUUGUAAACAAGGGAUGAGCUGCGCUUUCUUUUGAAGUUCGAGAGGAAGUCCGAUUUUUUUCGUUUUUUUAGUUGGUUUGCUAAAAAUUAAAAUGAAUGGUGAGAGAAGAAGCGAAGAUAACCAGCUUUUACGCAAUGUAAAUUGUGAUGAUGUUGAUAGUGGAGCUGAUGAUGAUUUUGGGGACUUUGAAGGAUUUGAAGGAGCAGGUAUAGAGGCACAAGCUGCACCAUCUCCAUGGGCAACAUUUCCUGAUCUUCUUCCUGUUCAAACAAGUCCAGUCACUCCAUUAGAUGAAGCAGAUGCAGGACAACCAAGAGUGUUGUCAAACACACACAACGGAGAAUCAUGGUUACGUGGUGUUGGUGGUGCUAUAUCUCGUCAGUCACAAGAUUUGCAUUCAGGUGAUGGGUGUUCUAAUUCUCAAGGAAUAUCAAGAAUAUAUAAUCCUCCAGAUGUUUCUCUUGGAACAGCUAAUAGAAAUCCUUCUGAUAAUAUUCAUGUUCAGUCUGCAUCUUCCAGUAAUGUAUCAUUUGAUUCUAGACAAGUUUCAUUUCAAAUUGCUACUUUAGAGAGACAAUUAAAUGAAUCUCACAUGCAAAGAAGUUCUCUAGAAGAACAAGUUGUUCAAUUAAGGCAAAGAAAUAAUGAACUUGAACAGCAUUUAGCAGAAAGCCACACACAGUUACAAGAGUUAAGACAGAGACUUCAGGAGAGUCAGAAUAAUCUAGAACAAAGGUUAUCUGAACUGAGAGUUUCUACUGAUCAAAGUUGGAUAUUAGCAAUUCAACAAUUACAGGAAGUUGUGGCUUCAAUAAAAGAUACUUGGGCUAAUGAAAAAUCAGAGGUUGAAGGAUUGAGAUGUUGUGUUCAAGAAUUAAAAGCAAUAGUGAAUAAACAGGAAGAAUCUAGAGAACCUUUGCAUUUAGAAAAGGAAUUAACUUGUAGGAUGACAGAAGAAUCUGCAAAAAUUCAACAAACCGUAAAUAGUUGCAUGGAACAAUAUAGUCAACAGUUGUGUGAGAAAGUGUCUGGAUCAAUUUUGGAAGCUCUUCAGAAAAAUUCCAAUAUUCAGCAUAAUUCAUUUGAUGGUAUCAUGGAACAGAUAAAGAAGGAAUUGAAUAGGCAUUCAGCAGAUCAGAAAAAGGUUUUAGCCGAAGAAAGGAAAUCUCAAUUAGCGACUCUCUCAUCUGUAUUAAACUCUGCACUUCACGAAGUUUCGGCAGCAAUAGAUUCAGAAAGAAAUAAAGAUGACCAUUUGUGAUUUUAUAUUGAAAGUACAGAAGUUUGUUUUUGAAAAUUCAUAUCUUGUGUUUAAAUGUAAUAGUACAAAUUUAAAGUCUACUUAAUUUUAAUUUUUUUUCUUAAAUUUUAAUUCUAAUAAUAAAUCAAAUAUUUUAAUAGUUUUGUUAAAUGAUGAGAAAUGGUAAGAUGUUGUUUGUAAUAUUUUUAUCUAUUCAAAGAUCGUAAGUUACUGUAAGUCUUUUGUAAUGAUGAUUGUUAUAAAAAAGAACAUAUUGAGUAUACUAUCAUCUUGAAUUAUAAAAACUGUGCAAUAUAUUGAAUAUGUUGUGUACAUAAUUAAAGCAAAAUUACUUCUAGAAAUGUUAGUUAUAACAUUUAUACAGAUAUCAUUUCUAUUUAAAUAUUUCUAAAAUUUAUUCCAGAUUAUGCUCUUGUUUAGUAU